CCGAGCGAUGGGAGCGACCUCUUUCUGAUCGCGAGCUGCGGAGACGGAGGGAGGGCGCCGCGAUUCUUCCUAGCGUGGAGGACCCGCGGAGAAUCCACUCCACUGCCCACCCCAGUAGGUUGGGACAGUUGGAAGUCUCCUUGUACACCAUGCUGCGUUUAAGUCUCUCACCCAUGUUUUCAAUGGGAUUUCAUCUGUUAGCUCUGCUGGCUCUCUUAUUUUACCAUGUGGACGUUGUAACUGCUGAGACAGAAAAGGAAGGAGGAAAAAAUGAAACUGGUGGAUGUGCUGGCUCAUAUGAAUGUAAGAAAGGGGUGAUUUUGCCCAUUUGGGAGCCCCAAGAACCUUCUUUUGGAGACAAAAUUGCUAGAGCCACUGUGUAUUUUGUGGCAAUGGUCUACAUGUUCCUCGGUGUCUCUAUCAUUGCUGAUCGGUUCAUGUCUUCGAUAGAAGUCAUCACAUCUCAAGAGAAAGAAAUAACCAUAAAGAAACCCAAUGGAGAGACCUCCAAGACGACUGUGAGGAUCUGGAAUGAGACUGUGUCAAACCUGACCCUGAUGGCCCUGGGAUCUUCUGCUCCUGAGAUUCUGCUUUCAGUCAUUGAAGUGUGUGGCCAUAACUUCAAUGCCGGAGACCUCGGCCCAAGCACCAUUGUGGGAAGCGCUGCCUUCAACAUGUUCAUCAUCAUUGCAAUCUGUGUUUAUGUGGUCCCUGAUGGCGAGAACAGGAAGAUCAAGCAUUUGCGAGUGUUCUUUGUGACAGCAGCCUGGAGCAUCUUUGCCUAUACCUGGCUGUACAUCAUUUUGUCUGUCAGCUCUCCUGGAGUUGUGGAGGUCUGGGAAGGUUUGCUUACUUUCUUCUUCUUUCCCAUCUGUGUGGUGUUCGCUUGGAUGGCAGAUAGGAGGCUUCUGUUUUACAAGUAUGUCUACAAGCGGUAUCGUGCUGGCAAGCAGAGGGGAAUAAUCAUCGAACAUGAAGGAGAGGGGCCAUCUUCCAAAACUGAGAUUGAAAUGGAUGGAAAAGUGGUCAACUCUCAUGUUGAUAGUUUCUUAGAUGGAGCUCUGGUUCUUGAAGUUGAUGAGAAAGACCAAGAUGAUGAGGAAGCUAGGCGAGAAAUGGCUAGGAUUCUCAAGGAGCUUAAGCAGAAGCAUCCAGAGAAAGAAAUAGAACAAUUAAUCGAAUUAGCCAACUAUCAAGUCCUAAGUCAGCAGCAAAAAAGUCGAGCAUUUUACCGUAUUCAAGCUACUCGCCUAAUGACUGGAGCUGGCAACAUUUUGAAGAGACAUGCAGCUGACCAAGCAAGGAAGGCAGUUAGCACACAGGAAGUCAACAACGAAGUGGUAGGAAAUGACCCUGUUUCUAAGGUCUUUUUUGAGCAGGGGUCAUACCAAUGCUUGGAGAACUGUGGUACAGUGUCCCUGACCAUUGUCCGCCAAGGUGGCAACUUAGCCAACACGGUACAUGUUGACUUCAGAACAGAAGAUGGCACAGCCAAUGCUGGCUCUGAUUAUGAAUACACCGAAGGGACUGUGGUCUUUAAGCCUGGGGAGACCCAGAAGGAAAUCAGAGUUGGCAUCAUCGAUGAUGAUAUCUUUGAGGAGGAUGAAAAUUUUCUUGUGCAUCUCAGCAACAUCAAAGUAUUUCCUGACGCUCAAGAAGAUACCAUUCUGGAAGCCAACCAUGUGGCCACACUGGCUUGCAUCGGUUCACCCUCCACGGCUACCAUAACCAUUUUUGAUGAUGACCAUGCAGGCAUCUUUACAUUUGAGGAAUCUGUGCUCCACGUGAGUGAGAGCAUUGGCACUAUGGAGGUGAAGGUGCUGAGAACAUCUGGAGCCCGAGGAAAUGUUAUUGUUCCCUAUAAAACCAUCGAAGGGACUGCCAAAGGUGGAGGAGAAGACUUUGAAGACACUUGUGGGCAGCUCGAAUUCCAGAACGAUGAAAUUAUGAAGAUCAUUACCAUUAGACUAUAUGACCGUGAGGAAUAUGAGAAAAAGAGCAGAUUCUUCCUUGAGCUUGAGGAACCAAUAUGGAUAAGAAGAGGAAUGAAAGCCCUGUUAUUGAAUGAGCUUGGUGGCUUCACACUAACAGAGGAAGGUGAUGUCAAGAAGCCACUGACAAGCAAAGAAGAAGAGAAAAGGCGCAUUGCGGAACUGGGGCGCCCCGUCCUGGGAGAACACACCAGGCUGGAGGUGAUCAUUGAAGAAUCCUAUGAAUUCAAGAACACCGUGGACAAACUCAUUAAGAAGACAAACCUGGCCCUUGUGGUGGGGACAAACAGCUGGAGAGAACAGUUCAUUGAAGCUAUCACUGUCAGUGCUGGGGAAGAUGACGAUGAUGAUGAAUGUGGGGAGGAGAAGCUGCCCUCCUGUUUUGACUACGUGAUGCACUUUCUGACUGUGUUCUGGAAGGUCCUAUUUGCCUUCGUCCCCCCUACUGAAUAUUGGAAUGGCUGGGCCUGCUUCGUUGUCUCCAUUGUUAUGAUUGGCCUAUUGACAGCUUUCAUUGGCGACCUGGCUUCACACUUUGGCUGCACCAUUGGCCUGAAAGAUUCUGUGACUGCGGUCGUGUUUGUCGCCCUUGGAACUUCAGUGCCAGACACAUUCGCCAGCAAAGUGGCAGCCAUCCAGGACCAGUAUGCAGAUGCGUCCAUAGGUAACGUCACUGGCAGCAAUGCGGUGAAUGUCUUUCUGGGAAUCGGCGUGGCCUGGUCUAUUGCUGCCAUCUACCAUGCGACCAAUGGGGAACAGUUCAAAGUGUCUCCCGGCACGCUAGCUUUCUCUGUCACUCUCUUCACCAUUUUUGCUUUCAUCAAUGUGGGGGUGCUGCUGUAUCGACGGAGGCCAGAAAUUGGAGGUGAGCUGGGUGGGCCCCGGACUGCCAAGAUCAUGACUUCCAGCCUCUUUGUGCUCCUGUGGUUCUUGUACAUUUUAUUCUCCUCCCUGGAGGCCUACUGCCACAUAAAAGGCUUCUAAAGGAACAAUCAGAUAUAGUAAAUUUAUAUAUAUAUACAUAUAUAUACAUAAAAUUAUGUACAAUGAACAGAGGACACUGACAUUUGUCAUGUUCACUUACCUGCUGAUGGAAUCCAGCUUCAAGAGCAUACUCUGUACUAGGGCCGAAGUCAGAAACCGUCACCUCCCAUUCCCGGGGCAUCGUCAUUUUGAACAAGAUCUGGAGGCAGGGCUAUCUUGCAGCUCUGUCUAGAAGGGCUGCAUGCUCUCUAGGUUCAGAAAUGGCUAAGGUUUUGGGUUGUUUUCUUGUUUUUAAUUUUGUUUUCAGUGGGGUUGGGGAGGUACCUGAUGUUCUGAUGUUCAACUUUUGUUUCUGUUUUGUUUAGUUUCUGCUUUGCAUUGUUUGUGUUGGGAGGGUCAAGGUUCUUGUUUCUCUUUAUGAAACAUGAUGACCCAUCCAAAGAUACACGGGCUUGACGUAAAAUUUGAAAUCAUUAAGAGUCUCCUCACCUCUUCCAAACACUUGUCCAUUACUUUGGAUUAAGAAAGAAUCUGGGCAUAGAAGAAGGAUGUGUUCUACACUAUAUUACCAAACUUCUCAAUUAUUUCCUGGAUGUGCUUAGAGACGAAGCUGCCUCUGAGAAGAAGCAUGGGAGCAGGAAUGGUGCCAGGAAGCCACAGUUCUAGAGUCUAGAACUCUAGGAUAUGGUGCCUGGCACGCUUGUUCAACACAUUAGCCUUGUACCUAGAUUCCCAGAAACAGGCAAAAACCCUUCCUUUCUGAUCUCUAAGCUCUGGACUGUGAUGAGCCAAGGCCCUUAUUCCUUCCAGCUAACCCGCCAGGUGUCCCAUUUCAAUCCUCCUCCUCCUCCCUACCCUGCUCUGUGCAAACAGACUAUUCAAAAGACUAUCAUCCUUUUCCAUUUUCAUCAGUAUGUGUUCCAGCCCCAUAAUGCUGUUGCCUGGGAUGUGUCCAUCAGUUUUAUUUUUGUAAGGCAUCCAUAGCUUGCCCAGUCCUGUUGCACUCAUGACUAAACAUUUGCUCCUUCUUCAUGUGCCUGUUUGGGAAUGUUGUUGUGAUACUUGUUACACAGUGCAUGGAUGAAAAA